AUGGAGUAUUUUAUACUUAUAUAUUUACUAAAAAAUGAGUUCUUACAAGCUCUAGUGGCCAAUAACGGAUUAGAAAUACACUCUACCUAUCAAUAUACGCUUUUACAGAGAGGUGCAAAACAGCUUCACCAAUUUGCACUCUUCCUAUUCUUUCUUUGCCCCACUGCCAAAGCGCUAGCUAGAGAAUGGGUAGAUCCAAAUGGGCUCAAGUAUAUUAGACGGGUUCUGUCGGCGCCCCCACGAAAUAAGAGGGUCCUGACACCGGACACAACGAGAAGGUCUCCAGAGAUCCAUCGUCCUAAUUGCUUGAGGAGAGCGUUUACCUGGCGUGCUCGCCAAAGGCCCUUACAAGAACGGGAUGAGAAUCUAGCUCCGACCAACCGUGGCAUUGACCACCAUACAUACUCCUUUCGGUUUAGUAGUGCUACUGGGGUCUUUUAUUUUCUGAUUCCGUGA